AUGAGCUCACCUUUCGUUCGAAACGGCUCGGCUGCGACUCAGAAUGUUCACCAAUUGCUGCCCCGCGACGUGAAACUAGAAGAGGAAGAGCUCCCCGAUUACAAUUCCCAAUAUUUCUACCCAGUCAGGCUGGGAGAUGUAUUCGAGUCCAGGUACCAAGUCAUCACGAAGCUCGGGUUUGGGGUGGGUUCGAGUGUAUGGCUCUGCCGGGACUUAGAGCAGCAAGCUCAUGUAGCUGCCCAGUCUACCAACGAAGUGGUUGUAAUGAGACAUAUUCGAUCCACUGAUUUUGAACAUCCCGGCGAGAGAUACCUCCGACUCGCACUCAAAGAGUUCACCAUCUGUGGGCCUGGGGGGGAACACAGAUGCCUCCUCUAUGCGCCUCAGGGGAUGACUUAUACUGAGCUCCGCAAUUCACUGCCAAAUCGCAUGCUGGAUAAGGCACUCCUCCAGCAGUCCUACCAGUUAAUCUUGAUUGGGCUAGAUCUUCUACACCAGCUGGAUGUGGUACAUACAGAGCAUCCUAGCGCCCGCAAAGUCCUUCAGGACCGGACCGUCUAUCGGUCCCACUCUAUGCCCAUAACCCAUGGCACGCCAGUGCUUUGUGACUUUGGGGGGGCCAGAAUUGGCGAAAGGAAGCACCGAGGCGAUGUGAUGCCUGACUUCUAUCGUGCACCGGAGGUGAUACUAGGGAUGGAAUGGGACUGCAAGAUUGACAUCUGGUCAAUUGGAGUUAUGGUAUGGGAUUUAUUUGAAGGCAGUCGCCUUUUUUAUGCCCUUAAAAACCACAUUCUGGAUGAUGAGCAACAUCUCGCUGAGAUGGUUGCCCUCAUGGGACCUCCCCCACUGAGCUUCCUUCAACGGAGUGAGAAAUGCCGCAAGUACUGGGAUGCAGAAGGGCGGUGGAUUGCGGCAACGCCUAUCCCCGAGCAGUCGCUUGACGCAAGAGAGGGGCGUCUGGAAGGUGAAGACCACAAGCUGUUGUUGGAUUUUCUCAGCAAAAUACUCAAAUGGCUUCCCGAAGAACGUGCCUCAGCGCAGGAGUUAAUAUCUCAUCCAUUUCUGAUGCAGCGUGCUGAACAGCCGCAAAGAACUAGUACAUCUGCUAUGGUCAACUAUGUGCCUGGUUACAUAGACUCUACACCCCAACUCGACUUUAAAGCAUAUUGGGAAGAUGAAGACCAUCUCGCACAGGGAGAGCCCGAGCCGAACGUUCGUUCGCAAACACUGGUCUACCACUACAAAGGCAAGAAGUGGUGGAUCAAAGUGACGUUAAUGGGUUUAAUAUCUUGUAUAUCGAACGAACAGAAGGCCUCAAAGCGCGAGCGACGGAAAGAGUUUCAAGGCUUUGUUAAAGUGAUAAACUAUGGAUCCCUCGCCCUCCUUGAUGAUACCAUGACUGAGAUAAUAUUACGAGAAGAACCAGAGGUAGCGACUGCUAUUGAAUUGUAUUGUGAAGCCACGGAUUCCGCAAGCAGGAUUGCAGGUGUUGUAAGCAAGCUGAGAUAUCAGAUCCGAGAGGAUCCAUUGAGAGUUAUCUAUCUAUUAUGCGAGGAGUUUCCUUCACUUGACCAGAUCAACAUUACAGAAUUGACGAACAAGGUGGAAAUUGCCGAUGGCGUCUUCUAG